CUUCUCGGCUAAGGAAAGCCCCUUGUCUUGCCUAAUCCGCUAAUUCCUCAUUUUUCUUCUUUUUGUUUCGACAUGGACUAAUAUGCCCUUCCUGAACUCUCUCAUUUUAAACGGACCAAGCACCAACAUAUAGAAAAAGCCCAAGGUCAUAAUGGAACUUAAAACAACCAAAACCAGUUAAAUACUCACUCCACUACCAAUUUUAUAGGCCAUCACAAAACAGCCAUUGUUACACUUCUCAGGGGAAAAAAAUGGGAUCGCAAUUCGAGGUGGAGGUGAAGAUCUCAUCAGCUAAGGAUUUGAAGAACGUUAAUUGGCGUUAUGGCCGUCUUAAGCCAUAUGCUGUUGUUUGGGUUGACCCGAAAGGGAAAUGCUCCACCAAAGUCGAUGAUAAUGGCGAUACUUCUCCUUCUUGGAAUGAGAAGCUUGUGAUUCCUUUGUAUGCUCCGAUCGAAGAGUCUACUUUGUAUAUCGAUGUUGUUCAUGCUAAUGCAACCGAGGGAACAAAGCCUUUGAUUGGUUCAGCUAAGCUUCCGCUUCGUGAGGUUGUUGAUAGCGUCGGAAUCGGAAAUUUGACGGAGAGGUCGCUUGAUUUGAAGCGUCCUUCUGGUCGCCCACAUGGAAAGGUGAAAAUUGAGGUUACUGUUCGUGAUCCGCGCUAUCGUGCGCCGGAUCCGUAUUAUGCGCCUCCUUACGGUGUACCUCCACCAGCUGGAUCAAGGGAUUACCCUGCUCCGCCGCAACCUUACGGCGGAUCAUACGGUGCUCCUGGUGCUGCUCCUUCCCCUUACGGUGCUCCUGCCCCUGCUCCUUCCCCUUACGGUGCUCCUGCUCCCUAUGCUGCUCCGCCGGCGGGUUACCCGUACAACGCCGCUCCUGCUCCAGGUCCAGCUCCGGGUUAUGGUGGAGCUCCUGCUCUGGCUCCGGGUUAUGGUCAACAACCAGGUUACGGUGCUCCUCCUGCGCCGUACGGGCAGCAGGGUAGUUACGGACAGCAGCCUGGUUACCCGCAACAAGGAGGUUACGGAUCGCAGGGUAGUUACGGGCAGCAGGGAAGCUACGGGGCGCAGCCUCAGGGUAGUUACGGAUCGGAGAAAGCAGGGUAUGGUUACGAGGAGAAGAAGAAGAGCAAGUUCGGAGGAAUGGGGCUGGGAGCGGGACUGGCUAUGGGUGCGGUUGCAGGAGCACUGGGUGGAUUAGCCAUAUCUGAAGGUAUUGAUCACAUAGAAGAUAACAUAGCCGAGAAGGCAGCGGAGAAGGUUGAGGAUGAUCUUGACGAUGGUGAUUAUGACAAUGAUGAUUACUAGAUCACUUAUUCACAUUUUCUAUAUAAUCCUCGCGUCAUUUUUACGCCUUGGUAAAGAUUUAAAAAAACAAGCUACUUCAGUGUCAAAAAGCAAAAACUUGUAAACUUUAUGCUUUUAGUUUUAACUGUUGUUCGAUGUAAUAUGUUUUUUGGAGUAUUGAUCAGAUAACAUGUAAUGGAUGUACCUUUUUGCUGUAAUUUCAAUAUCUUGUAUCCAAAAUUUCAUGCUCUAGACACUCCUAGUUCAGCAA